AUGAAGACAACUGUCUCUCAGUCAGACCUCUCUACCUUCGCCUCCCAACAUGUUCAAAACUCUCUUCCUAGGUUCAAGAUGGCGGAGAAUUCGAUCCCAAAGGAGGCUGCGUAUGAGAUAAUAAAGCACGAGCUGAUGCUGGACUGGAAUCCCCGUCUGAACCUCGGCUCCUUCAUUACCUCAUGGAUGGAUCCCGUAUGCGAUAACCUCAUCUUCCACACCAUUAACAAGACCUACACCAACCUCGACGAGCAUCCCAUCACCACCGAUUUCCAUAAUCAGUGCGUUAACAUGAUCGCCCGCCUCCUCAACGCUCCGCUGGCCGCCGCCGAGCCGGCGGCCGGAACCGCCACCGUCGGCUCAUCGGAGGCAGUAAUGCUGGCCGGCCUGGCUUUCAAGCGCAAAUGGCUUAACAAAAUGAAGGCUUUAGGCAAACCCUACGACAAGCCCAACAUCGUCGCCGGAGCCAACAUCCAUGUCUGUUGGCUCAAGUUCGCCCGCUACUUCGACGUCGACCUCAGACUCGUCAAUCUCUGGCAAGGCCACUACGUCAUCGACCCCCACAAGGCCGUCGCCAUGGUCGACCAGAACACCAUCUGCGUCGCCGCCGUCCUCGGCUCCACCUUCAAUGGCGAGUUUGACGACGUCGAAACCCUAAACCACCUCCUCAUUCAAAAGAACACUCAAACUGGAUGGGAUACUCCGAUCCAUGUGGAUGCUGCGAGCGGGGGGUUCAUAGCCCCCUUUCUGUACCCAGAUCUGGAGUGGGAUUUCAGGCUGCCAUUGGUGAAGAGCAUCAAUGUGAGCGGACAUAAAUACGGAUUAGUUUACGCCGGAAUCGGAUGGAUCGUCUGGAAGACCAAACACGACUUGCCGGAAGAGCUCAUCUUCCAUACAAACUACCUCGGCUCCGAUCAGCCCACUUUCACUCUCAACUUCACUAGAGGUUCGAGCCAGGUGAUUGCGCAGUACUACCAGCUGAUUCGAUUAGGGCAGGAAGGGUACCGGAAAGUGAUGGAGACCUGCCGGGAAACCGCCAUGGUGGUGAAGGCCGGUCUGGAGAGAACCGGCCGGUUCAACAUUGUUUCUAAGGACGACGGCGUCCCGUUGGUGGCGUUCAGCCUCAAGGACAGCUCCCGCCACGACGAUUUCGAGGUGUCGGCGAUGCUCCGCCGGUUCGGCUGGAUUGUGGCGGCCUACGCCAUGCCCGCCGACGCCGAGCAUGUCACCGUCCUGCGCGUCGUCGUCCGGGAGGAUUUCUCCCGGACCCUCGCCGACCGCUUCCUCGUCGACGUCCAGAAAGUCCUCCACGAGCUCGACUGCCUCCCCGCCGGCGAAAAACAGAAGAAUACGGUCGUCGCGGCGCCGCCGUGACAGGAAGUAAUCCGUCGGCGAGAGGAAGAUGACGAAUGGCGU